CGUCCUCGGGCGACUCCACCUCCAUCUUACUUUGUCGCCGACAAGAAAAACAAGUACAAGCCAAAACGGCGUACGAUGCAGCCGCGUUCUUUUGAAAACGUUGUCACCACACCACCGGCUUCUGCCAACAAGUAGGCAUCAGUGGCACAUCACCCAACCGCCUGUCCCCAAUUAUCCAGUGCCAAUUCCGGCUACAAAUAAUCUCAAUUUUUGCUCUCGAUUCUUUAAUCACCACGAGCCGCGUGCUUCGGGAUGCUUAAAUAAGCAGCGUGAUUCCAGUGCGAGCUCCUCCGAUCCCCGUCCCAAGCUGGGCAUGAAGCGGCUCGCGGCGCUGCUGGUCCUGAUCGCGCUGCCGUACCCGGCGCGCGCCGUCCCCGGCGCCGGCGCCGGCGUCGUGGCCGCGCUGCUCACGCACGCCGACGCCGGCCGCGGCCUCGCGCGGCCCGAGCUCGUCCGGCGAAUGGCGCACCGCGCCCGGGCGCGCCGGCGGCUGCUGUCCGAGCCCGCGCGCCCGGUGCGCGCGCGGGUGCGCGCCGGGCUCGGCGGCGGCAUCGCGACUAACGAGUACCUGGUGCGCCUGGCCGUGGGCACGCCGCCGCGGCCCGUGGCGCUGACGCUCGACACGGGCAGCGACCUGGUGUGGACGCAGUGCGCGCCCUGCCGCGGCUGCUUCGACCAGGGCCUCCCGCUCCUGGACCCCGCGGCGUCGUCCACCUACGCCGCGCUCCCCUGCGGCGCGCCCCGGUGCCGCGCGCUCCCGUUCACGUCGUGCGGCGGCCGCCUCAGCUCGGGCAACCGGAGCUGCGUCUACGCCUACCACUACGGCGACAAGUCGCUCACCAUCGGCCAGCUCGCGACCGACCGCUUCACCUUCGGAGACGGCGGCGGCGGCGGCGGCAAUGCCGGUAGCCUUCCCGCCCGGCGCUUGACCUUCGGGUGCGGCCACUUCAACAAGGGCGUGUUCCAGUCGAACGAGACCGGCAUUGCCGGGUUCGGCCGGGGCAGGUGGUCGCUGCCGUCGCAGCUCAACGUCACAAGCUUCUCCUACUGCUUCACCUCCAUGUUCGAGUCCAAGAGCAGCCUCGUCACGCUCGGCGGCGCGCCGGCCGCGCUCUACAGCCACGCGCACGUCGGCGAGGUCCGGAGCACCCCGCUCCUCAGGAACCCCUCGCAGCCGUCGCUCUACUUCCUCUCGCUGAAGGCCAUCUCGGUGGGCUCGACGCGCAUCCCCGUGCCGGCGUCGCGGCGCCAGUCGACCAUCAUCGACUCCGGCGCGUCCAUCACGACGCUCCCGGAGGACCUGUACGAGGCCGUGAGGGCGGAGUUCGCGGCGCAGGUCGGCCUCCCGCCCAGCGGCGUGGAGGGCUCCGCGCUGGACCUCUGCUUCGCGCUGCCCGUGACGGCGUUCUGGCGCCGCCCCGCCGUGCCGCCGCUGACGCUGCACCUGGGGGGCGCCGACUGGGAGCUGCCGCGCGGCAACUACGUGUUCGAGGACCUCGCCGCGCGCGUGAUGUGCGUCGUGCUGGACGCGGCGCCCGGGGAGCAGACCGCCAUCGGCAACUUCCAGCAGCAGAACACGCACGUCGUGUACGACCUCGAGAACGACCGGCUGUCCUUCGCGCCGGCACGGUGCGACAGGCUCGUAGCCUCGUUGUAGCGUUCGUGUACAUAGAAAAGGUAGGAUUUUUUUUUACUACCGUUCUGGUCAAAUCUAGCAAUGUAACGGUAGAAAUUCGAAGGAAUAGAGUAAAAUUUUGCUCCCAAUUUGUGCCA